CAAGACAUCACUAUUGAAAAAGAAAAGCUUAUCUCUCUUUUAACUUCACAUCAAUUGAGCUACCCCCACCUGAAGAAGAGGCAGAGGAAGCAAAACCACUCUUUUCUUCUCUUUCAUUUCAGUUGGGUUUUGUGUUUGGCUAGAAGGAAAAUCUCCGAGAAAAUGUGGCUGGUUUAUGUAUGCGAGGAGGAAGAAAGAGAGCUUGGGAGGCAGCAAGCGCCGGGAUCAUGCCCUCACUGCGGUGGGAAGGUGGAAGCCAUGGAUGUCGAGACUCAGUGGAAGUUCUGCUUUCUUCCCAUGUGCUUCAAGAUCAAAAGAAAGCUCUUCUGUACUCUCUGUUCUAGACGUCUCGUCUUGUCUUACUAGCUUAUUAUUUUGCUUCAAAUUAAACAAUAUUAUUGAUCAAAUCCCAAAUGGGUUUUCUUCUUUUCUUUUUCUUUUUUUCUUUUCUUUUUUUGGGGGGGAUCAUUUUUAUUGUUGAAUAUUGUCUGAUCUGGUCUGUAGAUCUGCUCUUUAAUUUCUGAUGUGGAUUUUGGUUCUUUUUAAA